GCUGUUACAGAAGAAGAAAAGGCUGAUGAAGAACCAGAAAAACUCCGUAAAUUUCAGCUGUCUUCUUUUAAUCCUGAAGAAAGAUUUGAUUACUGCCAUCUGAUUGAGGAAUUAGGUGGAGUAUUGCUUGAGAAACAGUGCUUUGAUCCAAGUUGCACACACACUGUUGUGGGACAUCCUCUUCGAAAUGAGAAGUUCUUGGCUUCGAUGGCAGCUGGGAAGUGGGUGCUUCAUCGUUCCUACCUGGAGGCAUGUAGAGGAGCUGGCUGCUUUGUUCAGGAAGAAGAUUAUGAGUGGGGAAGUAAUUCCAUACUUAGUGUUUUGCCUGGGAUCAGCAUAAACCAGAAGAAACUAGCACUUGCUGCCAUGAGGUGGAGGAAAAAAAUCCAUAAAGGGAGACAAGAAACUGGUAUUGUUGAGGGAGCUUUCAGUGGCUGGAAAGUGAUCCUGAAUGUUGAUCAAACCAAGGAAGCAGGAUUCAGGCGCCUUCUUCAGUCAGGAGGAGCAAAAGUGUUCUCUGGUCAUUCUGUGUCUCUCUUCAAAGAAGCAACUCAUCUCUUUGCUGACUUCAAUAAGCUGAAGCCAGAGGACAGCAGGGUCAAUGUAGCAGAGGCAGCAGCCCAGGGAGUGAACUGCCUGAAACCAGAGUACAUCGCUGACUACCUCAUACAGGAUCCACCUCCCCCAAUGGAGUCUUACUGCCUGCCACAAGCUGAAUCUUCCCUUCAGAACAACGCAGAACUUGGAACAGGAUUGUCCCAGAAAAGAAAAGCACUGGGCGAAACAAGCCGAGUCAAGCGAUCCAAAGUCCACUGAGCAGCUCCUGUGCUUUUCACUUGUACAUUUUUAAAUUCAUAUUUAUAUUUUUUCAUUCUUGCCACCAAAAUUAAAAGCUUUCGAGUUUCA